AUGGAAGAUAGACAAGAAGAACAAAAUCAAGGAGAGAAUACUAAUAACAUGUUGCAACAAAUUAUACGACAACUUGGCACCAUGACAACAAGAUUGGAGACAUUGGAAACUCGAAAUCCGCAAGCUCAACAAGGAGCUAAUGCCGCAAUCAACAAUGAGGAUCAUCCUCCACCACCGAGGCAAAUUGCUAGAAUCGAUCCUAUGGAGAGACUAAGGCAACAAGAACUUGGUGGGCAAGCUCAUAAUGACAACAUGCGGCCUAGGAGAGGAAUUGAGAGAGAGGAGCCUAAAGACAACAUCAAAUACAAAAUCCCUAAAUUCAAUGGGAGAGGGUCUCCAUCCGAUUACUUGGAGUGGGAGUCGAAAUUGGAUAUGUAUUUCGAUUACUAUCCUCAUGCCGAGCCAAAGAAGGUACAAAUUGCUACUCUUGAAUUCACGGAGAAUGCUUUGAAUUGGUGGAAUCAAUUGGUGCAAACAAGAAGGAGAAACUUGGAAAGGCCGAUCAAUACUUGGUUAGGUCUAAAGAGUUACAUGAGGAAGAGGUUUGUUCCAAGCUUUUACACUAAUGGUCUCUACCAAGAGUUGCAUUCUUUGAGGCAAGGAACUAGGAGUGUUGAUGAAUACUACUCCGAGAUGAUGUUGUUGAUGUCAAGGGCCGAGAUCGAUGAAGCUCCACAAGCUCCUAUAGCUAGAUUCUUGGCGGGAUUGAAUAGAGAAAUUCAUGAUAUUGUGGAGAUGCAACAACACUAUGAGGUUGAGGAAUUGCUUCAACAUGCUUUGAAGGCCGAAAGCCAAAUAAAAAGGAAUAAGAAGAGCUUUACAUCAUCAUCAUCAAGCUCAUGGAAAACUCCAAUCAAGAAGGAUGAGAAGUCAUCAAAGGAAAAGGAGUCUGCGCAAAAGGUUAUGACCCCUAAAACCGAUUCUAAAUCUUCAUCUAGCUCAUCUUCUAAAAGCUAUGUAAAGUGUUUCAAGUGUCAAGGAUAUGGACACUUUGCAAGAGAUUGCGUUAACAAGAAAGUCAUGCUUACUAAUGACAAUGGCGAGAUUGUAAGUGAAGAUGAAUAUAUUGCGCUUGGAUCAAGUGGUGAUGGAGAUGAUGAAGGAGAUGCGCAUGAUGAUAGUGAUGAUGGUGACGGUUUUGCACUUAGAAGUUUAGUUGCUAGGAGAACUUUGAGUGCUUAUGUGAAGGAUGAUGUGAACAACCAAAGGGAGAACUUGUUUCAUACUAGGAUGUAUGCGAAUGGGAAGCCUAGUAGUGUGAUUAUUGAUGGAGGGAGUUGUACAAACAUAGCUAGUGUUUAUUUGGUGAAGGAGAUGCAAUUACCCACUACAAAACACCCUAAGCCUUAUAGUUUGGGUUGGAUCAACGAUAAGGAAGAAAUUAGGGUUAACAAACAAGUUUUAGUUUCUCUUUGUUUGGGCAGGGCUAAAGAAAAGACUAAUCAUGCUAGUUUAGAUAAGAACUGCGAUAUAGUUAAGCAUGAUAGAUCUAAGAAGGUUAAUAAGGAGUGUAUGUUAGCAACUAAGAGUGAGAUUAAAGAAGCUUUGAAUGAUAAUUCUGUUUUGAUCUUGCUUUUGCUUAAAUAUACACUUGUGAGCACUAACCACUUGGAAAGCGAGCUUCCAAGCAACAUUGUUUCUCUUUUGAGUGAUUAUGUAGAUGUGUUUCCUGAGGAGAUUCCUAGUGGUUUACCACCAAUUAGGGGGAUUGAACAUCAAAUCGACUUCAUCCCUGGGGCGCAAAUUCCAAAUAAGCCAGCUUAUAGGACAAAUCCUGAAGAAACAAAGGAAUUGGAGAAGCAAGUUGGAGAGCUACUUCAAAAAGGGUUUGUGCGUGAGAGCCUUUCUCCAUGUGCCGUUCCUGUGUUGCUUGUUCCUAAGAAGAUGGGGCUUGGAGAAUGGUUGUAUGAAUGGUUUGUUAUGCCUUUUGGAUUGACUAAUGCACCUAGUACAUUCAUGCGAUUAAUGAACCAUGUUUUAAGAGCUUUUAUUGGCAAGUUUGUUGUUGUUUAUUUUGAUGAUAUACUUGUGUAUAGCCAAAACCUAGAUGAGCAUGUUAAGCAUCUAAGAUGUGUGUUAGAUGUACUUAGGGUUGAGAAAUUGUAUGCUAACCUUAAGAAGUGCACCUUUUGCACAAACAAGCUUGUUUUUCUUGGUUUUGUGGUUUCAUCGCAAGGUAUAGAGGUUGAUGAAGAAAAGAUCAAGGCAAUCAAAGAAUGGCCAACACCCACCAACGUUGGACAAGUGAGAUCUUUUCAUGGACUAGCCGGAUUCUAUAGGAGGUUUGUUAAGGACUUUAGCACCUUAGCCGCCCCUAUUACAAGUGUUAUGAAGAAGAAUGCACCAUUCAAGUGGGGAGAUGAACAACAAGAAGCAUUUGAGACGUUGAAGGAUAAACUAACUAAUGCUCCUUUGCUUGUUUUACCUAACUUUAACAAUACUUUUGAGAUUGAAUGUGAUGCAUCAGGGGUUGGAAUUGGAGCUGUUUUAAUGCAAGGUGGGAAACCCGUCGCUUACUUUAGUGAGAAAUUGAAUGGGGCUGCAUUGAACUAUCCAACCUAUGAUAAAGAGUUGUAUGCUCUUGUGAGGGCGUUGCAAACUUGGCAACACUACCUUUGGCCUAAGGAAUUCGUGAUUCAUACGGAUCAUGAGAGCUUAAAGUAUUUAAGAGGCCAACAAAAGCUAAACAAGAGGCAUGCUAAGUGGAGUGAGUUCAUAGAGAGCUUUCCUUAUGUUGUGCGAUACAAACAAGGUAAGGAGAAUGUGGUAGCCGAUGCUUUAUCAAGGAGGUAUGUCUUACUUUCCAUGCUUGAUUCUAAGUUUCUUGGUUUUGAGUAUAUUAAGGAAUUAUAUGCUAGUGAUGUCUACUUUAGUGAAACAUUUAAAGCAUGUGAAAAUUCUGGUUUUGGAAAGUAUUAUAAGCAUGAUGGAUUUUUGUUUAAGGAAUCUAGAUUGUGUGUGCCUUCUUGCUCUUUGCGCAUAUUGCUUUUGAGGGAAUCGCAUGAAGGGGGUUUAAUGGGUCACUUUGGAGUUGAUAGAACAUAUGAUAUAUUGCAUGAACACUUCUUUUGGCCAAAGAUGCGACAUGAUGUAGGGAACAUGGACUUUGUGUUAGGUUUACCUCGUUCUAGGAGAGGUAAAGAUUCUAUCUUUGUGGUUGUUGAUAGGUUUUCUAAGAUGGCUCACUUUAUUGCAUGUACUAAAACGGAUGAUGCCAUUAAUGUAGCUAAUUUGUUCUUUAAGGAAAUUGUUAGACUACAUGGAAUGCCUAGAACGAUUGUAAGUGAUAGAGAUGCUAAGUUCUUAAGUCACUUUUGGAGAACUUUAUGGGCUAAGUUAGGAACUAAGUUGUUAUUUUCUACUACUUGUCAUCCUCAAACCGAUGGUCAAUCCGAGGUAGUUAAUAGGACUUUGUCUACUUUGCUUAGGGCUUUAAUUAAAAAGAACUUAAGAACUUGGGAGGAUUGUCUACCUCAUGUCGAAUUUGCAUAUAAUAGAAGCAUACAUAGCACCACUGGAUGUUCACCUUUUGAAACUGUGUAUGGCUUUAAUCCUUUAACCCCAUUGGAUUUGUUGAGUUUACCUUUGAGUGUGCAAGUUGACAUGGAUGGACAAAGGAAGGCCGAAUAUGUUAGAGAACUUCAUGCUAGGGUUCGAGCUCAAAUUGAGAAGAAGACACAACACUACAUGAAGAAUGCUAACAAAGGGCGCAAGGAAGUCAUCUUUGAACCCGAGGAUUGGGUUUGGUUGCAUCUAAGGAAGGAGAGGUUCCCUGAAAAGAGAAAGUCUAAGCUCUUACCUCGUGGAGAUGGUCCAUUCCAAGUCUUGGAGAGGAUCAACAACAACGCCUACAAGCUAGAUCUUCCUAGUGAAUAUGGCAAUGUAAGUGCUACUUUUAAUGUUUCAGACUUAUCCUUGUUUGAUAGUGAUGCAGAUUUGAGGACAAAUCCUUUUCAAGGGAGAGGGGAUGAUGCGCCAAGGGCUUAUCAUGGCUUAGAAGAACACAUUGGAGCCAAUGAAGAUCAAGGAGAUGUCAUCGAUGCUAGCUUGGAAGAGCAUGGAGUUGGAGGCACGAGUGACCGGCCAUUGCUUGGAGAAGCCGCGCAACACCGGCCACAUGACCGGCCAUCGCAUGCGACAUCGCAUGGAGCAACCGGCCACAACCGGCCAUCGAUUGGGCCAUCCGGACAAGACCGGCCUUUUGAUCCUUUAGCCAUUCCGCAAGGUCCAAUGACUAGGGCUCGGGCUAAAAGGUUCAAGGAAGCUUUAUUGGGCUUUGUAAGAUCUCAUCUUGGAGGUUUAGAGUCCAUUGAAGAACAUUUGGAAGGCAUUGAAGUCGACAUCACCAAGAAUAUUCCCAUCGAUUCCAAGGUGUUUACCUUACUUGAAAUCGAUGAGCAUUAG